AUGCCGAGACCUAAAUCGGAUUUACUUGAUCCGCGCAGGGCGCCUCUCCGGAGCCACCCUGCCGGGAAGGUUUCUUCUGAUGAAGGGAAGGAAGGUUCCAGCUCCCUUUCGGAGCCGAUUGAGCCGACAGAAGCCAAUGCGCUCUUGCCUCUUGUACACUCUGAGGCUGACAACGCUCACGGCUCUGUGCCUGCCAUUGUCCUUCAUCCUUCCCAAGAUUACCGCGAAAGCCUUCUCAAUCACCACCAAAGCCUUCUCCAAUCAAUUCUUCGCGCACCUUCGUCUGGUGUAUCUGACAUCCCAGCGCCAGCGCCAGUGACAGAAGAUAUCCAGGAUUACUUUGGAGCCGCUGUUGCAACUGUCGAUUCCAACGGGUUUGAUAAUAACCCUCGUCAAACUGCCCUUGUUCGGCCUUUGAGUUCCUCGCCGGAGCCUUUCAAUGAACCAGAAUCUCUUGCAAAGAUAGAAGCUUCUCUCUGCCAGCACCCGUCAUCUAUGACCAACGAAUCAAAGCAGGCGCAUCUUGAUCGGUUGCGUGAGAUCCCGAGCUACCAACAUUCGACCGGCCAAUCUGCCGAAGAGGAAAGCGGACAGUGUGACGGUUUGAACGAAGAACACAUGGAUCGACUCAACCUUUUUCAUUCCAGCCUACUUGCUGGGAUCAGUGCCCGAAAUUCUCGACGUGGUCGUUCCAAGAUGGACCAUCUCCCUCUCACUGAAGAUUCUCUCCCUGAAGUCAAAGAGACCUCCGACUUGGGUACUAGUACUUCCCUGGUCACUGAGAGCAAGGAGUCCACCGGCCUGAAUACUCGAACCUCAGAUGCCACUGAAGGCAAGGUCUCCACGACUGUUACUCAAAUCAGUGAUGAUCCUUCUGCUCCCGAAGUGGUGAGCUCCAUUACCUUUCACCAAGAAACUGAAGAGUCUCUGGAUUGUCUCAUUGAUGAGCUUGUUGCCGAAGAUGGCAAGGACCCAGACCCGGAGAUACUCAGCAUCGGAGCUGGCGAAACCUCUGCGUAUCCUCCUGCUCUGUUCGAUACCGAUGUCAGAGAGGGCCUGAGCGAUGAAGAGGUAAUUGCUCGGCGAAAGAAGCAUGGAUGGAAUCGUCUGAAGGCACAGAAACAGAACUAUUUCAUCAAGUUCCUGUCUUUCUUCAAUGGGCCUGUCCAAUGGGUCAUGGAGGUAAGCAAUACCAUUGACCAAUAUGAUGCGAUCGAAAUGAAGCACAUGCUAAUCAAGUUCUCCCACCUCCAGGUUGCGAUAAUUCUUGCUGGCGGAUUGCAAGACUGGAUUGACUUUUCUAUCAUAGUUGCCUUGAUGCUUCUGAACGCGAUCGUCGGAUUCGGCCAGGAAUAUCAUGCAGGCAACAUCGUUGAAAGUCUCAAACAGACCCUCGCUCUUAAGGCACUCGUUAUUCGAAAUGGUUCCCUCGUGGAGAUAAACAGUGAAGAGGUUGUUCUUGGUGAUAUCCUCUUGGUGGAAGAUGGCACAAUCAUUGCAGCAGACGGCAAACUGUUAUGCGAAAACGCGUACAUCCAAGUCGAUCAGUCGGGUAUCACUGGAGAAUCUCUUUCUGUGGAUAAACGCAAAGAAGAUCUCAUCUUUUCUUCGUCGGUCGUUAAACGUGGAAAGGGGUUCAUGGUUGUGACGGCCACUGGUGAUCACACAUAUGUCGGAAUUGCCGCUGCCCUGGUGAUGACCGCUGGAAAUUCCGCUGGUCACUUCAGUGAAGUUCUGAAAGGAAUGUCCGGAGUCCUUCUGGUUCUUGUGAUCUCCACGAUCUUCAUUGUCUGGAUUGCAGGCUAUUAUCGCUCUUGCCCGAUGGUCCAGAUGCUCGAGUUCACCCUGGCUAUUACCGUGAUCGGGGUACCCGUGGGCCUUCCUGUAGUUGUAACUACUACAUUGGCCGUCGGUGCAUCCAAUCUGGCAAACAAACAGGCAAUUGUGCAGAAACUCUCUGCCAUUGAGUCAUUGGCCGGUGUGGAAAUCUUGUGUACAGACAAAACCGGCACACUCACUCGCAACAAGCUAACAUUGGGAGAGCCAUAUGUUGUUCCUGGUAUCACGGAAGAUGAACUCAUGGUGACUGCCUGUCUUGCAGCCAAUCGCAACAAAGGGGGGAUUGAUGCCAUUGACAAGGUUUUCCUCAAGGGCCUUCGUAAUCGUCCAUGGGCAAAAUCGCAGAUCGUCUCGUACAAGACCCGUGAAUUUCAUCCAUUUGACCCAGUUUCGAAAAAGGUUACUGCAAUCGUCGAGGCUCCAGAUGGUGAAACCGUCAUCUGUGUCAAGGGCGCUCCGAUGACUGUCUUGAGAACUGUUGGCAAGGACACUACCCUGUGCAGCCAAUUCUUCAAAGAUUAUGAGGCUAAAGUCAAUGAAUUUGCCAGUCGAGGAUUCCGUGCACUCGGUGUUGCCCGCAAGCGCCAGGGAAGACCAUGGGAGGUCCUAGGAAUUAUUCCAUGCUUGGACCCACCGCGUCAUGACACUGCUAAAACUAUCCUGGAGGCACAGAACCUAGGACUUUCGAUCAAGAUGCUCACUGGAGACACAGCUGCUAUUGCACGUGAAACCGCCCGUGGACUUGGACUCGGUACGAACAUUUACAACAUCGAAAGACUUGGUGUCACUGGUGCUGGCUCGAUGCCUGGUUCGGAGGUCAAUGAUUUCGUGGAAGCUGCCGAUGGAUUUGCUGAGGUUUAUCCCCAACACAAAUACAGUGUGGUGGAGAUCCUUCAGCGACGAGGCUAUCUGGUGGCGAUGACCGGCGACGGUGUAAAUGACGCUGCUUCACUGAAAAAGGCUGACACUGGAAUUGCCGUGGAAGGUGCAUCCGAUGCUGCACGCUCUGCUGCCGAUAUUGUCUUCUUGGCGUCUGGUCUUUCCGCCAUCAUCGAUGCGAUCAAAAUCUCUCGCCAAAUCUUCCAUCGCAUGUACGCCUAUGUGGUUUAUCGAAUUGCCCUUUCACUUCACUUGGAGAUCUUCCUCGGUCUCUGGGUGGUGGUUAGGAAUGAAAUCCUUGAUCUUCGCUUGGUUGUGCUUUUCGCCAUCUUUGCAGAGAUCGCGACAUUGACGAUUGCUUAUGACAAUGCUUCGUAUUCACCAUCUCCUGUCAAAUGGAAUCAGCCAAGACUCUGGGGAGAGUCAAUUCUCUUAGGAUUGAUCCUUGCAGGCGGUUCAUGGAUCACACUCGGUACCAUGUUGUUGCAGGGUGAGGACGGAGGUGUGAUCGAAGGCCGGGGCUCACGAGAUGCGGUUCUAUUUUUGCAGAUCAGUUUGACCCAGAGCUGGCUGAUUUUAAUCACUCGAAUCACUGGAUCCGGGUCAAAGUCACUGUGGGCCAAUCGUCCGUCGGUUUAUCUUGUCGCUGCCGUUGUUGCUGUCAAUUUGACUGCCACCUUCAUGACCGCAUAUGGUAUCUUCAGUCACCCCACUUCCUGGUUGACCAUCUGGCGUGUCUGGAUCCUGUCUUUCGGAGUGACUUGCGUGAACGCACUGGUUUACAUCUUGGCGCAUACCUCGCGCAAAUUUGACAAUCUGAUGCACGGAAAGAGUCCUCGAAGCAAGGAUAAGGAGCGCUCCUGGGAGGACUUCGGUCUGAACAUGCAGCGCAUGGCAAACCAACAUGAGAACAGCGCCUAG